AUGCCUUCUUAUAAUCACAAUCGUUCAAAGGUUUGAAAUCUUAUUUUCUAUUGUUUCAUCAGUUUUUGAAGGAAAAUCUCAAUUGGGAUUAUGGAAUAGUCUCGAACAUCGAGAAAGACACAGGCUAUGUCUUUGUGGUGAUUCUGGCAAAAGACGUUACCGCGCUUCUUGAAAAAUCGAUCAGAUGUCCAAAUCUCCGAAAAGGGGAUUUCCUACGCGUGAGAUACAGGUGAACGGUUUUUUUCCAGGAGUGUUUCAUUCAGAUUUCUUAUUGCAGGGCAAACAGGAAUGUACCGGUAAACUAUCGCGCUAAAUACACAGUGGAGAAUCUGGAGCUUACCGCCCCGUUAGCUGAAGUUAUAAGCACAAAUCCAAAGCUUCUUGUCAGUUUUUUUUUUCGUGAACGUGAUUCACAUAACAUGAAUAACGUUUUCCCUCCGUUUCAGCUGAGAACAGUCGCGAAAGUCGAUCGCCUCGGGGAAUCUGGGAAAAAAACGUUGCUUUGGGAUGCAACUUUUGGUGAGUUCAAUUGAUCGAAAUGUUUAAUUAUUUUUGUUACAGGAUUCUUCGUCGAUCUUUGGAACAUAAUCGAUUACGAGCGUGACGCUCUUUUAGAGUUUGAAUUCACGGUUCGUUUAUUCAAAAAGUGGGUUUUGUUUCAAGUUUCCUUUUCAGGUUACCACAAACCCUCGCGAUAGGUACUCCACGGUUUUCGUGCCAACAAAAAGUGAUAAGACGGAUUGAAAAUGUUUGUUCUUUUCUCGAAUAUUUCCUUGUAUAGAAUAAUUUCCGUUAUUGAUAAUAAUUCGAAAAAAAUAACACCAAAUUUGCUUCGGAAGUUUUAUAAAGCAUCAGAAAACUUGUCACAAAAUAUAGUUUAAAACGAUACUUCGAAAAACAUUUUCACGAUGCAAGAAGACGUUCGCCUUUAGAUUUUUCGUUGAUUUCUGAUUCUUAACAACAAAAUUUUUGUCUAUUUUGCUUUUUUGAAUCUUUAAGUUCGAUCAGUAGUAUGAGUUCAGCGCGAUGGCGGUUCCGAGAACUCCGGAAGAAAUUUCUCGACAUUUCGACGGAGUACCUCUGGAAACUACAAAGAGAAUACGUUCCAGAGGAACUCUCGCAGUUCAGAAAGUGCUCACCGCGACAAUGUAACCGUCAUGAACUCGUCGAGAUCGCCAUAUCCUGCAGUGAGUUAACUCUACAAAUCACGGAAUUUCGAUUUUGAACCUAGUUUGAGUGGUUUUGAAAACAUCGAAACUUUUUCAUCAAAGCUUAUAAACUUAGCUUUUCAGAAUUUUCAUUAUGAAUUUUAAAAUAAACGGCUGUAAACAAUUAAUCAUAAAAAAUGGAACUUCAUUUCAAUAGUUUUUUAUAUUCUCUCAGGAUCUUCUGAUGGCAAAAUUUCCUAAUUACGCGGGAAAAGCCGUUUGAGAUUUUGCUAGCAUUCAAUUAGCACUACCAUUUAUUUCUACUAUUUUCUGAAUUUACGAAAUUAUAUCAAUAGAGGAAAUUCAGCACGAUGGUUCUCAAAACUUCGACAGAAAUUCUACCUCAUCACAACAAAAACCCUUUGGAAACUACGAAGGAGACGCUUAUCAGAGGAAUGUUCGGGAUGAAGCGAUCUCUGGCAAUGAAGUCAUGGCAAAAACUUCAAAGUGGCCAAAUCCUCCAGUAAGUUUCAUUCAACGACUUCGUAGCCUAAGUUAAAUCUCGAUCCGGAGUCAAUCAAAUGUAAUCAGUGAUGUGAAUUUAGCGCAGCGUCAAUUCUGAAAGAAUCGAAAGAAGUUACUCGACACCUCGAGAGAACAACUUUGGAAACCACGGAGAAGAGGCUUCUCAAAAAGUCACGCGCAACGCAUCGACUGUUGACUGCCGCAAUAAAGUCUGGGGGAACUCGUCCAAAUGGCCGCAUCCUGCAGUGAGUUUUCUUAUAAGAAUCUUGGGAUUUUCAUAAACCAUACUGACCAGAGUAGUACGAAGUUUUUGUGUGCACCACACAUUUCUUCUUUUAAGCUAUCAAAAGAUAUAAAAGGGUGGAUUCAGAACAAGGCCGAUUCCGACCGGUUCGAGAAAGAUUCGCGAAGGUGCAUUUCAGCGAAUCCGUCUAAUCCUUCGUCAUCAGUAAGUCUUCAGCGAUAUGAUUCCAACAAUUCGUAUUAUUAAUCUUUUUUCACUAUAGUCAAUUUUUCGUGGCUUGAGAGGCAAGGGAGGCAGAGAAGUGAGCGAUACGCGUAGCGUGUGCGUUCGCGGUUCUUGGCACGAAUUCAGUUCAACUGUCAGUGACUAUUUAAAAAGCUCGGUCACCGUUUUUUUUUGAAUCUGGUUUACGACUUCUUAAUGCACAAAUGAAAAAAAUAACCAAUAAAGAAAUAAAAAAGAAAUGAAAAGAGCGAUGAACGAACUUUCUGAAUAAAAAAAAAUGAAUUGAAACUCGCGCCAAGAACCGCAAACGGACACGCUACGCACAUUUUUCUGCCUCCCUCGCCUUUCAAAUCGGGAAAAUUUGACUAUACGACAUCAGUAGUAUCAUUGCUUCAGGACAUUCCUAUUCUGAAAAACAUCGGAGAAGGUUUCAUCGGAAAAAUUUGUUGAAUUAUUGUCUGUGUACCACGACUUGAAAUUUCACCGAACGACAUUCCGCUGUUACGCUGCGUCGCGAAGCGUCUUGGCGAGCCUCGGUCUCGCUUUGAAUCGGUUCUCAUUUCUGAUAGAUGGACUGUUUUACUAGGAACACGUGUUGGUCGAUUUCUUAAAUAAAAUGAAAAAUUAAAGGCACGCAAAGGCACGCAGCGUAACAGAGGAAUGUUUUCCCAAGUUGUGGUACACAGAUUAUAUGACUCGUUCAGAUAUAAUCAUUAGUGGAAGUUCAAACCGAAAUCUUAUUAAGGGAACUGGGAAAAAUUACUCGACAGCCUUACGAAACACCUCUGGAAACUACGGAGAAGACGAAGUUUGGAGGGUCGAGAGCCGUCCAACGAAAUUUCUUUCCGACGAAGAAAUCAUAGCGAUCUCGGUCGAACGGCUGCAUCCCGCAGUAAGUUACCUCCAAAAAUUUGAGGAUUUUUCAAUCAUUUCACCCUUGAUUGAGUAUUAUUUGCUCAGAUUCAAAAUUUCAUUUGACAUUUUCUGAUGCAAUCAACAGAGUCAAUUUAGCGCGAUCAAUCUGUGAGAGAUCCGAGAAUUUUGAGUACAGCGAACUCGUUAGAACCGACGUUAUCGGGGAGUUUUUUUGCGAAAAAUCCGAGUCGUUGGUAUCUUUUCAUUCGUUAAAUUUCAUGAAAAAAAUUGUUCUAAGGUACUCAAAAAAAUAUUAAUGAAGGUUCUAACAAAAAGCUUAUCAAAAUUUAAAAAUAAAUACCCGAUGGGAAAUUUGUUGAUUUUUGAGUAUGAUAUCGACAAAUUUUUCCAAUUGUUUGAGUUCUCCACAAAAUCUUCUUUUCAGGAAACUCAAGAAAAUAAACCGACAGCCCAAAAGAUACAUGAAAAAGAUGGCGAAGACGUUUUUCCGGAAAAUUCUCGCAAGUCAGCGAUUGUUGACGCCGGAAAUGAAGUCUUUGUGAACACCCCCGAAUGGCUCGAGUUCCCAGUAAGUUAUAUUUAAGAAUUCAUUAAAAUAGUUUUUCCAUAAGAUCCAUCAAUGAAGGUUCACAGAAAAAAAUUUUUUUGCCUCUGGUUCUCUCAAAUGAAUUUUUUUGAAACCGAGCUUUUUGCAAGUUACUUUCCGACAUUUUUCUUUUUACAAAAAUUUCUUCUUGUAUUAUUAUUUUUCAGAUUACUUUCUGCUUCUUUUUGAUUUUUGAUACUCAAUCUUUAUGAGGUAUAUCAAAAAAAUUUAAAAAGAAAUUCCGAGCGGAAAAAGCUUCCCAAGGGUAUGAAAAAAACUCGGAUUCAUACUUCCAAAUUUUUUUCUGUGUUCAACUUUCAAAUUUUUUUCCUGAAUUUAUUUAUCAAUAUUUUGAGUUUAGCUCGAAAUUGUUUCUGAACAACCUGAGGACGAUCCGCCAGAAAAAAACGUCGAAGAAAUACCGAUGGCAAAAAAAUGGUCUGAACCAAUGUUAAUAGUAAGUUUUCAGCGAAAUACGAACCAAUCCUGUAUUUUUCAGUUUCAAUUGACUUUCCUUUUUUCAACACCACCACAUUUUAUUACUAGUAUGUGAAAAUUCCCAGUAGCGUAUUUAAAUAAAAUGUUAAACAAAAUUUUUCGGAUAGAUCCCUAAAGCAGUGGCCAUAAAAAAAUGUGUUUGAGUUUUAUUUAUAACAUAAAAAAAUAUGUUCUCGAGGCUCCAAACUUUUUCUUCUGAAUUUUCAAAAGUUAUCAACGUGGUGAAUUCAGAGAAAACCCGGUUUCAACCGAUCGUCCAGUUCGACGCUAUCAGUAAGUCUUCAGUGAUAUAAUUCGAACCGUUUGUAUAAAUAAUUUUUAAACGCCAUUUUUUUUCACAACCUUAGUCUUCUGUUUUUCCCAGGGUCGGUGUCUACUCGUUAAAUUGGACUUAUUCCUGUUACUGGUUCCACUUUUGUCUUAUAUUAUUCAAACUUUUUAUUUUUUGUUAUAAGCAGUGAAUGAACAUAUUAUUAAAAUUUUAUGAGGAAAUUUAGUAGGUCAUUUGGCAAACAUUGAAGAAUUUUCCAGUGCAAAGUUUACUGAAGAUAUGUGGAAAAGCGGUCACCAUUAGGAAAUGUGUCAGAUUUUUAUUUAAACCACCAAACGUAUACUUUUUUAGCUCUCAACGUUUUUUUUUAUGAAUUUUACAAAUGUAAUCAACGUAGUGAGUUCAGAGCAUAGACGAAUUCGAGGGGGUUAUCGUAGCCGGUUACCCUACGUCCACACCGACUUCAUCAGUAAGUCUUCAGAGAUAUAAUUCAAACCGUUUGUAUCAUUCAGUUUGAAAUAAAGUUUAUUUUAUCUCCUUCUCAAUAUUCAAAUUGUGUAAAAACAUUCAUGAUAAGUUAUUCGAAAAAUUUGAAAAAGGUUUGAUUUGAAAGCUUCCUGAGAAUUGAAAACCGGUGGUCCUCGCCGAGGAAAUCGUAAUUUUAGAUUUAAUCAAAUGUCAUCAGUAGUGUGUUCGAUAUGAAGUUUUUUUCUUCAGGACAGUGAAUGGAAUUAUUCGAAAUUUCCGCAAAAAACUGUCGGAAACCUAGAAGAAGAGGCUUCGCUGAAGGUCUCACGCAAUCCAGAGACUAUUCACUCCAACAAAGAACUCGUACAGAACUCUUCCAAAUGGCCGCAUCCUGCAGUAAGUUACUUCCAAGAAUGUUGAGAUAAUUUUAUUUGAUCUUGGCUGACUAGAGAACGAUAUUACAAAAAAAAUGUUCAAAAGGGUUCAAAAUGCUCCCUAGUCAGCAAUGUGAAAGAAUUUUUGUGAGAUUCCAACUUUUUCUGAAGUUUAAUGAACAGAGUGAAUUCAGAGCGACCAAUCUGUGAAAGAUCCGAGAAAUUACAGUACAGUGAACUCGUCCAAUACGACACCGCGUCACGAAGUUAGUUACCUUCUAGAAUCUCAAAUUUUUUAAGUGGUCUAUUUUAUGGUUCGAGAUAGUUUGGUUCAUACUAUAAAGAGAAAUUGUAAACUAAAUUGGCUGAGAUGAUCCUUACAGGGAGUGAAGUUGACAUUGCAUCUAAUGAAAAAUUUUCUGAUGAACUGGAUUAAGGAGUUCGGAAAGUUUCGAGGUAGUAGAGAUGAAGCAAAAUAGGAAAUUAUUAUAACCCGAACCGUUUGUAUUAUUCCGUUUGGAAAAACUUUUCUUUUUUGUUUUUUGAAAAGUUUCUCAGGCCAACCUCUUUUUUUCUGAAUUUUCUGUAGAUAACUAACCUAGUGCAUUCAGAACGGAGCCGAUGUUGACCGAUCUGGAAGAAAUUCGACAAACGGUCAAAACUCAUACAGAAAUAACGACGGAGGAAUAUCCAUGGAAAGGAGCAACUCAACGUAUUUCCAACCGAUAAUUUCGGUAAGUUUCCGAAAAAUGAUCCUUUUGAAAUAUCUGUAUAUUUCUUUUAGUUUUUCCUAGCAGUAUUCCCUCUUCUCAAGGGCAUUUAUGACAGAGUAGUUAAAAAAAAGUAUCAAUCAAAAAGUUAAAAUGUGAAUCAAUCGAUCCGUACUUGGAAACCCUUUAAUUUUUUUCAUCUUAAAUAUGUAGAGUGUAAUAAAAAGCGUAAAUUUAGCACAGUGUCGACUCUGAAAACCACUCAUCCUUCCGGCAGAACCAAUAUGAAGGCAGCGACGGAGACGCUUUGCAGAGGGAUUCGCACAAUCCAGAGACUGUUCGCUCGAACAAAGAAAACUCUUCGAAAUGGCCAAAUCCUGCAGUGAGUUUCAUUUUGGAAUUUCUGAAUUCUUCUAUUUCAUGUAACUUUUCAAAGCACCGUUGUUUUUGUGAAAGAUUGUAGGACUUUUGCAGAAAUGUUAGCGAAACUUGAAAAAAAAAAUCUAAUAUAUUUUCGAAAAGCUUAUUGAACGCAUGGAAAUCGUUCCCCAAUAGGAAACUUGAUAAUAAUGUCAGAUUUAAUAAAUAGUUUGAGUUCAAUACGAAGCUUUUUUUGUUCAGGAAACUGAAAAGAGUGCAGCGAGAGGUCGUGGGGACAUCCCAGAAAACUACAAAAAGCCGUGUUUUCAAGAAAUUCUUGGAACUCCAACAAAGAAGACGUAAGUAGCUCUUCCAAAUGGUCGAAUCCUGCAGUAAGUUACCUUCAAGGACUUUUGCCAAUUUCAUAUUUUUAUAGUAGAAUAAGUAAUAUGAAAAUAAUUUGAUUAUUUUUCUAACUAUUUUUUUGAAUUUUUUUCAAAUGUUAACGAAAGUAUUCAGUACGAAGACAAUUACGAUCGAUCAGUGAGAGAUCCUCGGAAUCCCAACUCGGCGAACUCGUUCCAACAGACGCUAGCAGUAAGUUUUCAGCGAGAUAAACUAAACCGUUCUUAGUACUCGGUUUUGACCAACCUCUCUUUUUUUGAAUCUUACUGUAAAAUGUUACAACUCUCAAUCUUUUUUUUCCUAGAGUAACCAACAGAGUCAAUUCAGCACGGAGCCAAUUUCGACCAAUCUGGAAGAAAUUAUUCGACAAACAGUCGGAGCUCGUUUAGAAAUUGCGACGAAGGAAGGCCGAUGGGAAGUCGCAGUUCAGCAAAUUCAUCGAGACCCAUGCACUCCGUAAGUUUACAGCGGGAUAAUCUGAAUCGUCCAACUUAUCAAGUUGUUAAAUCAAUUUUUUCCUCAUCAUCACAAUAUUAUAUUUUAAUGACGACGGUCAUUAAAGGGAAUUUGAAGAAAAACUUGAUCAAACUUUUGUUCUGAUGUUUCGCUUCUGAUGGAAUUCCGUGUCAUGGAAAAACUUGGAAUUUCCGAACUGAGUAGAAUUAUUCAGAACCUUUACUCAAUAAGAAAUGAAAAUUGAGCCAUUCUGCAAAAUUUCCUUUAACUGAUUUUUGAGAGACAUAUGCAACAAUUUUCAGAUGAACCCAACGUCCGGAGGAUGUAGCAGCAGAACUUCUCAAAAACAAGAUCAUGGUAAGGCUGAACCCGACAGAUCGGAAAAGCUAUUGGUAAUUUAUCCAACUUUUUUCUUUUAUUAUCAAAUAUCUCUUCUCAGAACUGAAAACUUAGCAGACCGCUUAAAACUUUGUCAAGAGGUCUAUUAGGAUAAGAUUUUUUUUUAGUAAAUUAUCUCAUUUCCAUGUUGGUUUUUUCUUUUUUCAGAAGGAUCUUCGACAGCUCGCCAUACGAGCGUUGCGAGACCCUAA